AGACACAAACCGUAGAAGAAGAAGAAGUCUCUUGUCCAAUCAGAAGCUGCGUUGCUACAUGCUCCGCGCCUGCGCAGUGAGGAUCAGACAGUUCAUGUGUUCUUACGUCGUCUAGUGGAGGUCAUCGACAUCUGAGCGAAACUGAGUGGGAUUGCUGUCAUGGCCAAGCUGUUCGAGUCUAUUGGGAAGUUGGGGCUGGCCCUCGCCAUUGGUGGAGGUGUUGUGAACUCUGCCCUUUUCAACGUUGAUGCAGGGCACCGGGCCGUGAUAUUUGACAGGUUCAGAGGAGUGCAAGAAAUUGUCGUUGGUGAAGGGACCCACUUCCUCAUUCCCUGGGUUCAGAAGCCUAUCAUCUUUGAUUGUCGCUCCCGUCCACGCAAUGUGCCUGUGAUCACAGGCAGCAAAGAUCUGCAGAAUGUAAACAUCACAUUGCGUAUCCUCUUCCGGCCGGUGACCACCCAGCUGCCACGCAUUUUCACCAGUAUUGGUGAGGACUAUGAUGAGAGGGUGCUACCAUCCAUCACCACAGAGGUCUUGAAGUCUGUAGUGGCUCGGUUUGAUGCCGGCGAGCUCAUCACCCAGAGAGAGCUUGUGUCUCGGCAGGUCAGUGAGGACCUCACAGAAAGAGCCAACACCUUCGGCCUCAUCUUGGAUGACGUUUCACUGACACACUUGACCUUUGGCAAGGAAUUCACAGAGGCUGUUGAGAUGAAGCAGGUGGCCCAGCAGGAGGCUGAGAGGGCCCGUUUCGUUGUAGAAAAGGCAGAGCAACAGAAGCAGGCGGCCAUCAUCUCAGCAGAGGGAGAUUCCCAGGCUGCCUUGCUCAUCGCCAACUCCCUAAUGGAGGCUGGUGAUGGUCUGGUAGAGCUACGUAAGCUGGAGGCAGCGGAGGACAUCGCCUUCAUGCUCUCCCGCUCCCGCAACGUCACUUACCUGCCAUCAGGACAGGGCACAUUGCUCCAGUUGCCCCAGUGAUAACAUCUCAUGUCCAGCCCAUUGUUGCUGUUACAAAGGCCGUGGAAUGGGUGGUUGGAGGAUUCAAUAAAGGACUCUCAACUUCACACACAUUCCUCCCACUCUUUCUCUAACCAACUCUGGACUGGGCUCUGCUGAUAGCAGGAUGGUGGGAGACAAAGUGAGAGGUCUGCGAUUGAUACAUUUAUGAAGUCCAACCAUGUGUAAGGAAGUGGAGGGUAACCUAUAUAUAGUACUUGUUUUGAAAAACAAUCGACAAUGCAGUAAAUUCUCUAAAGAUUUGUCUUUGCUACAUUGUCCAAGAGCACUGCGUGUGUGGAAAGCAACAGAGUGAUUUUAACAUCAAGGGAAAACAGUUUCCUUUAAAAGCUAAGAUGAUAAAUGAUGAUGCCAUAACUCUUCUUUAUGUGUGCUGGAACAUUUCAUCAAAUUGUGCAACUGCGUAUAUUCAGCUCAGUAAUGAAAGGCUCUCCUUCUGAUUCACAGACAUAACUGACUAGAGAUGGUGUAUUCAUUUGACUUAAAUUCUCUCUGUUUGUACUGAUUUGCCAGAGGUAUAAAAUUUCUGGAAUAUAACUGCUGUCUAGCAAAUUAUUUCAUCAUGAAUAAUACCCCCGAAUUAUUGGAACGUACCUGUCAGAUGGUAGAGAAUGACCCUUCGUUCUCUAUAGUUGACAUGUCUUUAGUUUGUGUGGAGAAAGUGUACGCCACGUGUUUCAGAAAUGGCUCAACUCAACAUUAAAAUUUUCUUUCUACCU